GUGUGUUCGUGUGGCUUGUGUGCAUUUGGUUGUGUGUAUGUGUGUGAGUGUGCGUGUGUGAGUGUCUGAAUGCAAGCAAGUUGAUAUUAUUUUUAAUUUUCUCAACAUCUUAGAAUUAAGCUCUGGAAGUAAGUCGAGGCUGCGGUGAGUGAGCCAUCUUUAAGAGCCGCUCGAGGAAAAGAAAAAGACUUACCACAACAACGUAGAUUCUAAUGAACUCGAAAAUAACAAGUUUGCUACGCACAGCCUUUGAAAACAAGCCACAUCUACGCAGUUUAACGAAUUUCGGUGUAUCAUGUUUUUUGACACCAGCUAACUUGGAGCUAAGAGUGUGCAGCUGCUCACGGUGUUGUUUUCUGUGCUUGGCAGUUUGAAGUCAAGUGAUAAUCCCGUGUGCCUUAUUUUAAAUGUGUAAAGUCGCUCAUGUUAGCUAAUGAAGUUGUAACCGUCACAUAAGAAACAGUAGUAAAAACGUAAUUCUUGGGGAUAAGCCAUAAGCAACACAGAAAAAAAAAUGCUAAAGACGCUGACGAAGAAGCUAAGAAGACAUUCACUCAAUGAGAUUCAUCCUUUCCAGCUGAAGAUUUCAUACCAUGGCAGUGGAGAGGGAGGGGAGAGUGAUGACUCAGAAGGAGAGAACCAGGAACUUGCACAGAUUGACAGAGAGAGACGGAGAAAUUGUGCCCUCACCCCCUUGGCCACCAGCCAGCAGCACAACCAGGGUCCCCUCUCUCCAGCCCGGUUACGGCGUCUCCGCCUCCUUUUAGAUGCCAAUCUGGAUCGUCACUCGUCAGAGGAAGAGCUUGAGCGAAUCAGCUGCGGUGACAACAGGAAGUGGGUGUCUGCACUUCCCCAGCGCCACAGUGAUCACCACAGCAGCGCCUCCAGUGAUGAGGAGGUACGGGACCUCUGUGGCUGCGGGUCGCCAGCUGCCUCUGCUAGGCCUCUGGUUGAACCAGGCGCUUGCCUGGCUGCUUCCCCCAGUCCCGUGCUCUUCAGCUCUAGCCCACCACGUAGCCUCAAGCCACCCCCGAUGCGCUUUCAGCUGCAGGUGGUGCAGCCAGUGGCACGGCCCAUUAUUUUGACCCACUUUGACCAGGCAGCACCUUACAGAAAGUAUCGGCACAGCUACGGCGGGGAACCAGGAAGACCCAGUCUGGACCUUGAGAAAAUGCAACAGAAAAUGCUGCUGAAAAAGAACUGCGGAGGGAAAACUCGGACUAUAAAGAUUCGGAAUCUCACAGGCAGUCGUCCUCCACCCAGGUACACCUACGAUCCCUCCAUCUUCGCCUUCCGCUCCCUGAGCACAGUGCCCCCCUGCAGUCCCUUGACCCCGUGUGAAGAUCCUCCCUGCUCAUAAGGAAAUCCAUCCACCGCCAGAUAAUAUAACCCCCCCACCCCCACCCCCUCUUCAUUCCCAGACGGCUGCUUCCGUGUGGCUUCUGCAGCAACACCAAGGAAUGACUGUUAAGAAACUGACCGCUAGAAAGACAUUUGUUUGAUGGUCAAACUAUUGCACACUCAGGUAAUCCCACCCUGUAAACGCUGUCACUUUGAUCAUUGUUCUCCUUGUGAAAUCAGCAGGAACAUUUGGAGAAUAAAAUUGCCCAAACACAACAUUUCUAAGGAUUCUUCAGGUAUCGCAAAUGUAUAGCUGUCUCUGAAAAGAUCCUGUGAUUGGAGGAAGAAUGAUCAAGAAACAAAUCCGGACUGUGGACCAGAGGUGGUACAAAGGGACAAGGCCGACCGUUCUGAAACUUGACUUUAGUUUUGGGUUGGAUCAGUUUCAGAGGAAAUAAUGCAUGUUAGACAAUCAAAUGGUUCCAAGGUUUCUUCCUUUGAUGUGAUUACUGGACAUCUUGUAAGGCUCUUGGUAACUUCGUAUAUUAAACUCGGCGAGGUGAGUCAUCUGAUAUCUUGUUAUUGUUGAGAUGAACAUCGACAGUGGUCAAAUUGUCUGUCUGAAAAAACGAUUUCUUUGGAUGUGUGUUAUUGAAUAUGCAGGUCAUGAUGCGCUAUAACAAACAUGUUUGACUGUAGUUGAAUAGUCAACCUUUGAUGAUGUACGUUUCUUAAUGAAUUUGUCACUUUUAGUCCAGGUCAGAGUUAAGUACUUAUAUCCUCUUUCCUUGCAUGAAUUCCACUGUUUUGCAGAAAGAGAGGUAUAAUGGAAAUAAGGAAGUAUGAGAAUAGUUUGCUGCACAUUUGGCAAGUGUAACUGGUGCUGUGUUAUGCAUAGCCUACUUGUAGUGUGCCAUUGUUUUUCCACUAUUUUACCUCAUUACUUUCUAGGUAGAAGAGGACCACUGGUCUAUCUAAGACAUCCCAGUGUUUUCUAGAGAUCUCUUAAUGCCUUGAAAUCACAUUCCUGUUGUAUUGAAUGAAACUUGAGGUAGUUCUCAGCUCUCAAAAUGAGCUAAUUGAUUAAACACAAUGUCACCACUGUAACUAAAAUUUUGCCGAAGUGAAUGUAACAUUGUGACAUGUUUUUCGUCCAUUGUUGCACAAAAUGAAACAAUAAAUGCCCUGUGGCCUCUUGUUUA